AUGUUAUCUCAACAAGAAAAUCGACUCGUGUACGAGUACGAUGGGGAAACGGUCUGGGUCGAGCCCUGGGGGCCCAACGCGGUGCGCGUGCGCGCCACUAAGGCGGCGACGAUGCCGACGGAAGACUGGGCGCUCCUGGCGCCGCCGCCGCUCCUGCACCAGCCGCAGAUCUCCGUCUCGGACGAUGAUGGGGCCUCCCUGACCAACGGCCAGAUCAAGGUGGUCGUGACGAAGCGGGGCAAGCUGACCGUGUGGAACGCCGAGGGCAAGCUGGUGCUGGAAGAGUAUGUGCGCAACCGCCGCGACGUCCGCGACCCCAAGUGCAGCGCCAUCGAAGUGGAGGGCCGCGAGUUCAAGCCGAUCCUGGGCGGCGACCACUACCACCUGACGGCGCGCUUCGAGAGCCUCGAUCCGCACGAGAAGAUCUUUGGCAUGGGCCAGUACCAGCAGCCGCACCUGGACCUCAAGGGCCACGACCUCGAGCUCGCACACCGCAACUCGCAGGCCAGCGUGCCGUUUGCGCUGUCGUCCCUGGGCUACGGCCUCCUGUGGAACAACCCGUCGAUCGGCCGCGCGGUGCUCGGCAAGAACAUUAUGAGCUUCGAGGCGCUGUCGACGCGCAGCCUGGACUACUGGGUCGUCGUCGGGGACACGCCGGCCGCGAUUGAAGAGGCGUACGCCGAGGCGACGGGCAAAGUGCCGAUGAUGCCGGAAUACGGCCUCGGCUUCUGGCAGUGCAAGCUGCGGUACCAGACCCAGGAGGAGCUGCUCGGCGUGGCGCGCGAGUACCGCCGCCGCGGCCUGCCCAUCGACCUGAUUGUCAUUGACUUUUUCCACUGGCCGAAGCAGGGCGAGUGGAAGUUUGACCCGGUCUACUGGCCGGAUCCCGACGCCAUGGUCCAGGAGCUCCAGAGCCUCAAGAUCGAGCUGAUGGUGUCCAUCUGGCCGACCGUGGACAAGCUGUCGGAGAACUACGAAGAGAUGCGCGAGCGCGGCUACCUGAUCCGCGUCGACCGGGGCGUGCGCACGGCGCUCGACUUCCAGGGGGACACGGUGCACUUUGACGCGACGAACCCGGGGGCGCGCCGCUACGUCUGGGACAAGGCGCGGCAAAACUACCACGCCAAGGGCAUCAAGGUCUUCUGGCUCGACGAGGCCGAGCCCGAGUACACGGCGUACGACUUUGACAACUACCGCUACUUCCAGGGGUCCAAUCUCAGCAUCGGCAACCUCUACCCGCGCGACUACGCGCGCGCCUUUUACGAGGGCAUGCGCGACCAGGGCCAGCAGAACAUUGUCAACCUCGUGCGCUGCGCGUGGGCCGGCAGCCAGCGGUACGGCGCGCUCGUCUGGAGCGGCGACAUCGCCUCGUCGUGGUCGAGCCUGCGCAGCCAGCUGGCCGCCGGCCUCAACAUGGGCCUCGCCGGCCUGCCGUGGUGGACGACGGACAUUGGCGGCUUCCACGGCGGCGACCCCAGCGACGACGCGUUCCGCGAGCUCUUUGUGCGCUGGUUCCAGUGGGGCGCCUUCUGCCCCGUCAUGCGCCUACACGGCGACCGCGAGCCGCAGCAGCCGCAGCACGGCACGACCGGCGGCGCGGCGUGCCGCAGCGGCGCGCCCAACGAGGUCUGGUCGUACGGGCCGGCCGUCUACGCGAUCUGCAAGACGUACCUGCAGAUCCGCGAAGACCUCCGGGACUACACGAGGGCGCUCAUGCGCGAGGCGCACGAAAAGGGCAGCCCCGUGAUGCGGCCGCUGUUCUACGCGUUCCCCCACGACACGACAUGCUGGGAGCGCGGCGAGCAGUACAUGUACGGCAGCAAGUACCUGUGCUGCCCCGUGCUCGAGCCCGGCCAGCGCGAGAUGUCCGUCUACCUGCCGCCUCUGCCGGAGGGCGCGCAGUGGCGGCCCAUGGCCACGGAAGCGGAGGCUUUGGGAGGCGGCCAAACUGUGACGGUGGCCUGUCCGCUGGAGUCGAUGCCUGUCUUUGUCAGGACCGACCUGUGA